GAUGACUAGACUAUAACCAAAGUGGCACGCUGAAUUCGCCAUAAUCAAGGAACCUUUUUCCGGGUGGGGAACCUCAGAAAUUGCUCAGUGAGCAACCCUAAUUAACCUGAUUUUUUGCUGAUAAUCACUGUCAAUGGAAUCAAAUCACAAAUCCGGGGAUGGAUUGAGCGGCACCCAGAAGGAAGCAGCCCUCCGCGCAUUGGUCCAGCGCACAGGAUAUAGCUUGGUCCAGGAAAAUGGGCAAAGAAAAUAUGGAGGUCCUCCACCAGGCUGGGAUGCUACACCCCCAGAAAGGGGCUGUGAGAUUUUUAUUGGAAAACUUCCCCGGGACCUUUUUGAGGAUGAACUCAUACCAUUGUGUGAAAAGAUUGGUAAAAUUUAUGAAAUGAGAAUGAUGAUGGAUUUUAAUGGCAACAACAGAGGCUAUGCAUUUGUAACAUUCUCAAAUAAGCAGGAAGCCAAGAAUGCAAUCAAGCAACUUAAUAAUUAUGAAAUUAGGAAUGGACGUCUCCUAGGAGUCUGUGCCAGUGUGGACAACUGUCGAUUGUUUGUGGGAGGAAUCCCCAAAACCAAAAAGAGAGAAGAAAUCUUAUCGGAGAUGAAAAAGAUCACGGAAGGAGUUGUUGACGUCAUCGUCUACCCAAGCGCGGCAGAUAAAACCAAAAACCGGGGAUUUGCCUUUGUGGAAUAUGAGAGUCACCGCGCAGCCGCCAUGGCUAGGAGGAGGCUGUUGCCAGGAAGAAUUCAGUUGUGGGGACAUCCUAUUGCAGUAGACUGGGCAGAGCCAGAAGUCGAAGUUGAUGAAGACACAAUGUCUUCAGUGAAAAUCCUGUACGUAAGAAACCUCAUGCUGUCUACCUCAGAAGAGACAAUUGAAAAAGAAUUCAACAGUAUUAAACCAGGCUCUGUGGAAAGGGUGAAGAAGAUUCGAGACUAUGCUUUUGUGCAUUUCAGUAACCGAGAAGAUGCGGUUGAAGCUAUGAAAGCUUUAAAUGGCAAGGUGUUGGAUGGUUCCCCAAUUGAAGUAACCUUAGCCAAGCCAGUGGACAAGGACAGUUAUAUUAGGUACACCCGGGGCACAGGCGCUAGGAACACCAUGAUGCAAGAAUACACCUACCCUCUGGGCCAUGUUUAUGACCCCACCACAGCCUACCUUGGAGCUCCUGUCUUCUAUACCCCACAAGCCUAUGCAGCCAUUCCAAGUCUUCAUUUCCCAGCUACCAAAGGACAUUUCAGCAACAGGGCCUUCGUCCGGGCCCCUUCUGUAAGAGAAAUUUACAUGAAUGUCCCUGUAGGGGCUGCGGGAGUGAGAGGACUGGGCAGCCGUGGGUAUUUGGCAUACACAGGCCUGGGUCGUGGAUACCAGGUCAAAGGAGACAAGCGAGAAGACAAACUCUAUGACCUUCUUCCUGGGAUGGAACUCACCCCGAUGAAUCCUGUCUCUUUAAAGCCACAAGGAAUUAAACUUGCUCCUCAGAUACUAGAAGAAAUCUGUCAGAAAAAUAACUGGGGACAGCCAGUGUACCAGCUGCAUUCUGCCAUUGGACAAGAUCAAAGACAGUUAUUCCUAUACAAAGUAACUAUCCCAGCGUUGGCCAGCCAGAAUCCUGCAAUCCACCCUUUCACACCUCCGAAGCUCAGCGCCUACGUGGAUGAAGCAAAGACAUAUGCUGCGGAGCACACUCUACAGACCCUAGGCAUCCCCACAGAAGGAGGUGACCCUGGGACUACAGCAGCCACAGCCACACCUGCCACUGUGUUCCCAGGAUAUGCUGUCCCCAGUGCCACUGCCCCUGUGUCUGCAGCCCAACUCAAGCAAGCAGUGACACUUGGACAAGACUUAGCAGCAUAUACAGCCUAUGAGGUCUACCCUACAUUUGCAGUGACUACCCGAGGAGAUGCUUAUGGAGCCUUCUGAAGAUCCCUUUCUCCUAAGAAUGAGACUUACAGAAUGCUCAGUAGAAGAU